AUGUCGUCCAACGACCAUCCAUCCACGGAUGACCCCAAUGCCUGGGUCCCGUACCGCUACGAUCCCAGCAUUGCGGCGGCCGGGGUCGCUGUCGGUCUGUUUGGUGUCCUCACCGUGCUUCACGCGGCCAUUGCGAUGCGCCGCCGGACGUGGUAUUUCAUCCCCUUUUGCCUCGGAGGCAUCUGUACGUCCAACCCGCUCGCCUCGUCCCUUUCAGCCGCUUCCACUUCCGCGUACGUCGUCGCUAACAUGGCAGUCGAAAUCGCUGGCUAUAUCGGCCGCAUCCUCUCGUCUCGCGACCUGUGGGCGCUCGGCCCCUACAUCCUGCAGUCGGUCCUGCUUCUCGUCGCCCCCGCGUUGUUUGCCGCCUCCAUCUACAUCGUCCUCGGCCGCAUCGUCGUGCACGUCCACGGCGAAUCCUGCGCCCUCGUGUCCCCGCGCUGGCUGACCAAGGUCUUUGUCUGCGGCGACGUGCUCUCCUUCUUGCUGCAGGCUGGCGGUGGCGGCUACCAGGCCGCCGGCACGCUCGCGGCCCUCCGCACCGGCGAGCGCAUCAUCCUUGCCGGCCUCUUUGUCCAGCUCGUCUUUUUCGGCGUCUUUGUGGCUGUGGCGGCCGUGUUCCACGUGCGCUUCCUCCGUCGCAGCCGCAGCAGCAGCAGCCCGUCCACUUCCAUGGCGGACACCAUCCCCGGCGGACCUACCGUCUGGCAGCGCCAGAUAACGGCGCUCUACGUCGCCUCGGCCCUCAUUUUCGUCCGCUCCGUCUUCCGCGUGAUUGAAUACCUCAUGGGUAACGACGGGUACAUCCUGCGCCACGAGGUGUUCCUCUACGUCUUUGACGGCCUGCUGAUGCUUGCCGUCAUGAUCGUCUUUUUGCUGGCCCAUCCGAGCUACAUGACACGUCAGACCGGCACCGGCAGCAGGACCCGCAUCGCCUCAAAUGGAAGUGGAAGCGACGCCCUGGUUCUUGCAGACAUGCGGAAAGCAGCACGCGGUGGGGGCCAUGGACCUAGUUCUGGUGAGAGCAGUGAGCGGGUGUAG